AUGGCAGUUGGCACAAGCAUAACUUCAAACGGAGGCGGCAUUACUCUUGUGUCCGGCAAAGGCUCUACCCAGGGUGGGAACAGUGAAAUUGCUAGUGGUACAGCUUCCGCAGGUGAUGGAAUUGGUGGACGCCUGGCACUAAAGUCUGGUGGUGGUGAUGUGGUUGUAUCGGGAACGAACGCAACUGCUUCCCACAUGAGCGUGACAUCUGAUGGAUCAAUCAGGGUAAAGGCGGCCGCUACUUCAUCCUUGGAAAUUCGCGGUGGUAACAAUAUGAAUAUUAGUGUCGAUACUGGAGAACUUACUGUAUCUCACGGAGAAACCACAGUGCCUGGAGGAGUGAUCUGGCGUUUGCAGCCGAACAAGAUGAUCAGUCAUGUUCCAGCGCAAAUUACCGAAGUCACAUACCCGUCAGAUCGUCGUAUCAAGACUGAUAUCGAAGAUAUUGAUGAAGAUGACAUACUCCAGCGCCUUCAGACCCUCGAAGUGAAAAAAUAUCGGUACUCAGAAAUGUGGCGAGAAAUACGCGGGAUUCCUGAUGUGACUGUUCGCGGCGUGAUCGCUCAGCAAGUGGAGGAAACUUUUCCGGAGUACGUGACUAUUUCAACACUAACACUUCCUGAGAAAAACUUCAGCUUGGAACAAUUUCACGAAGUUAAUAAGCAGCAAAUCACAAUGGAUUUAAUCGCAGCUAUUCACGCCCAGCACAGGCGUUUCAAGGUUGGUCCCAACAGCGAAGCGCAAAGUGGGCGAAUUGACAUUGCUACGGCUGACGCGGGAUCUUACACAAACGCUUCCCCUACCGGCAGCAGUGGUGAUAUCAGUGUUGAAACUGGAUCGUCCAGUGUCAGUACAAGCGGAGAUGUAAGUAUUGCAACCGGCGACAGUAUCGCUGGAGAAGGGGGGGAUCUAGUGCUCGAAGCAGGAACUGCUCAGGGGAGCGGAACAGCUGCUGGUAGUGUUGUAAUCGCGAGUGGCGGAAAUUAUGAGAAUCCAGGGAACGUCAACCUACAGACCCCAGAUUCUCGAGGAAGUCGCAACAGCGGAAGUAUCUCCGUGACAACAGGGUGGUCUGCAUUUGGAGAGAGCGGAUCAAUUGCCAUCAGCACAGGCGACUCGUUGACAGGUGCCAAAGGUGUUGUCGAUGUUACAUCAAUGUCUACUCGCGUGCGUCCUUAA